AUGCCGCCGCGAUAUUCUCUUUGGCUUCUUCCGCCUCCAGGUGCCACAGACAUCAACAACAAGCUUUCUGACCUAAUCUCCACAAAGAUUCCCAGCCUGUUCCCUGACACAAAGCUACCGAAUUUUGCUCCGCAUAUCACUUUAGCAACUGGUAUCGACGAGUCACUUCUUGGCGCGAAAGCCGUCGAUGGAUGGCCAGCAUGGCUCAACUCCCUUGACUUGCGAUCGGCCGCGGGGGUUGACGAGCCUCAGAUCAUCUUCGAUGGCAUAGGUGUGGGGGACACAUAUACAAAAAAAUGCUACCUUCACGUUCAAAGAACGAGGGGGCUUGAAAUGCUCGCUAAACGGCUGCAAAUGCAAGUUUUUGGGAGCGGCGAGGACCGUGCUGCUGACUGGGUGCUAAACGGAUGGGAUCCUCACUUGAGCUUGUUGUACUGGGAUGGGAUAAUCACCGCUACCAAACUGGAGGAAGUCAAAUCGCUUUUCAUUGACGGAGAAUUGAACGCCAUUGGUAUUAGCGGUGGGAAAUGUACGGCGUGGACAGGUGGGAAUCUGCAGCUGGUGAACACUUCUCAGCCUGUGGAGCAAUGGUCGGUACUUGCGCAAAGGAGGCUUCAAGGGUAA